AUGGAAUAUGCGAAGGUAGGAGACUCUGGGCUUUACGUAUCUAAGAUUAUCCUCGGUACCGCGAGUUUUGGAUCUUCUCGCUGGCAAGACUGGGUCUUGAACGAGGAAGAUGCGUUGCCAUUGCUUAAACAUGCCUUUGAUGUUGGAAUCAAUACUUGGGACACGGCCGACGUUUACUCCAAUGGUCGAUCGGAGGAAAUCAUUGGCAAGGCACUUAAGGUUUAUGACAUCCCACGGGAGAAAGUUGUGAUUUUCACAAAAAUCUUCUACGCGCUUGACCCCGACGGCCAAAGUCCAAUCGCUAGUUUGAUGGACAAAAAGCAGCCAGGCUUGGUCAAUCGUGUGGGAUUGUCGCGCAAGCAUAUCCUAUCUGCAGUUUCCGAAAGUGUACGAAGACUAGGAACCUAUAUUGAUGUCCUGCAAAUCCAUCGGUUCGACAAAGAUGUCAAUCCUACUGAGGUUAUGAAGGCUUUGAAUGAAGUCGUGGAAAGCGGACAAGUGCGGUACCUUGGCGCUAGCUCCAUGGCGACAUGGGAGUUCCAAAAACUUCAAUAUAUUGCUGAGAAAAACGGUUGGCACAAGUUCAUAUCUAUGCAAAAUUACUACAAUCUCCUGUAUCGUGAGGAGGAACGAGAAAUGAUCCCCUUCUGCCGUGACAGUGGAAUCGGACUGUUGCCAUGGAGUCCCUUGGCGCGAGGUGUGCUGGCUCGUUCCUGGAUGGAAAAAAGCACUUUUCGCGAGCAGACAGACAAACUGUUACAGAGCCUUGUCCGUCAGAAUGAGAAUGAAGCGGAUAUGGAGGUGAUCCAACGCGUUACUGAGAUUGCAGAAACGAGAGGCUGCAAGAUGGCCACGGUUGCCUUGGCAUGGUGUUUACAACAAGGAAUGUAUCCAAUCACCGGCCUGGGAAGUGUCGCGCGCAUAGAUGAGGCUCUCUGUUCGAUAUCCUUUAAACUAUCGCCAAGCGAAGCGAAAUAUAUAGAGGAGCCAUAUCGACCGAAGGAUGUAACAUACUGA